AUGGCCCUCCUCGCCAAACUAACCCUCCUCACCAUCCUCGCCCGCCUCUUCAUCGUCCGCCGAUCCCAAACCCUAACCGUGUACCUCACCAUAACCCUCACAACAAUCUACUACAUCACCAUCUUCUUCAUCAAGAUCUUCAUCUGCAACCCUGUCUCGACAUUCUGGACGUCGCCCAAUAACCCACAUAACCCUAAUUGUCUCUCCGAGGGGGCGGUGUUUCUCGCUGAUGCGAUCAUGAGCGUUAUCACCGACCUGGCUAUCCUACUCCUGCCCAUCGGGUUGAUGUUCCCGCUGAGGCUGGGGGUGGUGAAGAAGGUGAAGGUGGGGGCUAUGUUGGGGUGUGGUGGGUUGGCUGUGGGAUUUAGUAUCUAUAGGGUUGUGCUUGUUGUUGGGGUUGGGGUUGGGGGUUUGGGGAAUUCGGAGGUGUAUGCGAGGAUAUUACUUUCUGGGAACGCAGAAGGAGGUUUCGGGCUCAUUUGUAGUUGUAUCCCUGCGCUGCAUAUCCUCGUGUCGAGGGUGAAGGCGAAGAUGAGGAAGGGGUCGAGGUCGACUACAGGGAAAGGGUCUUCUGCUAUUGCGUCUGGGGAUGGGAGUGGGAGUGGAAGUGGUGGUGGGAAGAAGAGGGAUAGGGGUGUUUCGAGUAGUGGGGGCACUGCGGCGCCGAUUGUUAUUACCAGUUCGCCGGAGGAUGUGCUUCAUGAUCCUGGGGGGUUGCUUGCUUCGUGUGAUGAUGAUGAUGGUGAUCAUGUGUAUGAUCAGAAUGAAGAAGGGGAGGGACGGGAAUUUACUCAGAAAAUACUCAGUACAGCAUUAGGAUCAUACAUUCAUCCUAUCCCAACUCAUCAGUCAUCCCAGGUAUAUAACGCCUCUGGCAUCCGCCAGCAUACUAUCAAUCAAUAAUCAAUAAGACACUCCGUCCACAACGGAUGAAGGAAAAACCAAAGGAAAAUAAGAAAAAGAAAACCAGUCUAUCGCCCAGUCUGUCAUGCGGGUGGGAAUCAGAGGAAGCAAAUCGAACAAUCAACAGGAACAGCAGCAACUUUUAGCAUGCACGCUGUCUAAAAGGGAAAUCCGCCGGGGAAUCCUCCGCGCUGUCCUCCUGCGUGCGCAAAGCCGCCGCCACCGCCGUUCAUCAUGUUGAACAGCACGCUGGGAUCGAUGUUGAUAUGGGUUCCUCCCAUACCACCCAUGCCUCCCAUUCCUCCCAUACCGCCCAUACCGCCCAUGCCUCCCAUGCCGCCGAAGCCGCCGUGCGAGAACAUGUCAGCGGGGUCCAUGAGGUCGUCGCCGUUGUCGUAGGCAGCACGUUUCCUAUGCUGGUUAGCAA